UAUUUUUUAAAUAUAAAUAUGAGAUUUGAUCAACAACAAAUACGUGAAUGUUCAAAAAGUGCAAAUAAUUCAUCUUCUAGCCUUUUAAAUAACGUCUUUCCUCAACAUUCUUCUUCCUCUUCUUCUUCCUCUACUAGACAAAAUAUUUCUGCAAAAUUUAAAAGAGCAUCUUCAGUUAGUGCUGUUGCCCCAACAACAAUUAAUAAUUGUAAAAAUGUAGAAUAUAUUAGUGUGGAUUUAUUUGGAUCUACAAUACAAUGUGUUGGAAAUAAUGGAGGAGGAGGAGGAGGUGGAGGAGGAAAUGUUGGAAAUAGAAAUGCUAGAAGUGUUACAGAUACUGGAACUGCACAAUUAAUAGAAGCAAUUCCUGGUCGUCGUUUGAUUGACUGUUUGGGCCCAUUUUUGGAAAGACAUGGAAUACCUGUUGGGUGUGCAGAAUUUUUACUAGAAAAAUCAACAACACCAAUACCUGAAACGUCAGAUUCUUUCUUUCUUGCAGGACAUAAAAUUUUUGUUAGAGUUAAAAAUAGCGCCGCUACAAACGCCGGUACAUGGUCUUCUGGUUCUUCAGUAACAGCAAUGCAACAGCGUCAAAAACAACAACAACCCAGACGAGAGACACGCCGUCGUUGUUCUGGUGUUAGCACUUUUCUCGGUGCUUUUACAAAUAAAGAUGAAAAUAUUUGUGGAAAGAGAAGAGAAUGUGGAUGUAUGGGAUCGCUUGAGGGGCAAUCUACAAAAUCAGCAACAAUAAUGACUACGUCAUCAGAUUCUUCUUCUUCUUUUACAACUCCUCUUCUUCCAAAAGAAGAGGAAUUAGAUGGAAGGCAGACUAAAAUUACACAGCAAUCCUGCGAAGUUGCAAAAUGCGAGAAAGAAAUAAUUUCUCCAAUAGACAACAAAAAUAUUCAAGAAAAUAAUAUAGUAAAUAUUGGUGACCAAAAAUUCGAAGAAAAUAAUAAUGUUGAGGAAGGAGAAGUAGAAGAAUUGUCUACAAAAGAAGGAAUUUUACUAGUGGACAAUAACAACAAACUAAAUAAUAAUAAGAAUGUGACAACCGAUAAAGAAGGGCGAACACUGCGCAAACAAACAACGACUAAGAACGGCAAUAAUAAUAAAAAUAAUUUGGAGGAAAAAAUUUGUGUUAAAAGCAACAUUAAUAAGAAAAUUGAAGGAAUGCAGAAAGGUCCUUUCUCUUCUUCUUCAUCCUUCUUUUCAUCAUCUGGUAAAACUGCUGCUGGGUGUGGUAAUAAUUCCUCUUCUUCUUCAUCUUCUACUAUUCGAUCAUCUACAACAAAUAUUAGUAGUGGCAAAUUAAUUACAAAUAAUUCAAAAAAUAAUUUUAACUCAUCGUUAUCAUCCACCACGGGGCCUAUUACUCCAAUAAAUUCAUUUUCUUCUUCAUUUUCUUCUUCCUCCCUUUCACCUCUGGUCAGUGAAGGAGGUGAAAAAGGAAGAAUCCCUACAACAACAACAAUAUCAAAGGCAACUGUGACGACAUUACUACCUGUCUCCGCAGCCGCGCGAAAAUCGUCCUUCACGCAAAAGAGGAGCAGAAUGAUGAUUAUGGGCAAACAUGGUCGAUGUCCCUCAACUUGUCCAAGCACUUCUCCUCCUCCCUCAGAUUCUAUAAAUUCUACAAACAUAACAACAACCAAUUCUUGUUUAGAUUCACCUGAUCAUUUAUGUCCAAAUCCUUCUAAUAUAAUUAAUUCUUCCUCUCAAUUACCACAAAAACGUAAAAGUUCUUUAAAUUCCGCAGCAUCACUUGCCGAUGCUCCUCCAACUUUAACUGCUAUUUUUGGUGGUGCCGCACAUAAUUCUCACAGUAGUAGUGACUUUCUUUUAAAUCGUCAUGGACGUUCUAAUGUUUUGGACGAAUUUAUGUCAGAAGAACAUAAGGGGAUUUCUGGUUCUCAACAAAUUCCAACUAGUUGUAGUCUAUUACAACUUCAACAUCAACAAAAUUGUAGUGAUGAUACUUCGUUAAAUUCACACUCAAUUGGAGGAGGGGGAUUUAUUGUAAGGCGAAAACACACUGUUGGAUCUGUGGGGACGGUAAACAGCAUUCAAUCAACAAUUAAUUCUUGUGGUGGUACUACAAUUGGAAGAAAAGGAAUUUUCUUUGUUAAGGUGGAUAAAAUUUUAAACCCAUUAAUAAAGUCUGGUUCUUAG